CUCUACUCUAGGAGCCCCCAGGUUGGGGCCAGGGGAGGGGAAGAAGGGAGGGAUUGGGGAGACCCCGCUAGGCACAUGGUCCCCUCUGCUCUUGCCCUACUCCCCUCCCUGUGGGGGGUCAGGUGCAGCAGAUGUCCCUGGGGAGGUAGGGGUUCUGUGGAGGACGGACUGAGAUGCAAGGGGCUGUGGGAUCCCAGGGGAGGGGAUGCCCCCCCAGCCUUACCGGGUGGCAAGGAUGAGCCAAGAGGGUUGUAGGGCCGAGGAGGAUAGGUGACCGGAGGGCCGGAGGAUCUGGGCCAGCCAGACAGACCUCCCCCUCUGGCGCCUCCGUCCAGCCUAAGUCCCGCCCACUUGCCACACCCCUGACUCACUUCCUUUGCCUAGAAGCGGAAACCUCCCCAGAGCUUCCUCCCCUCCUAACGAACGCACCCCAGGGACCCGCAGGUGUUGCUUUCCUCGAGGCCUGAGCUGGCCCAGCGAGGGCCCUGACCCCACUGGGACCCUCCCCAGGAAGCUGGUGUUUUCUGUGUCCUGAGUUGCAGGCCCAGCAUCUGGCCUGGGCAGGGGACUGCCCUUCCUUGGUGGGCUGGGGGGCCAGCAGGAGCUUAGCCUGACACAGCUGCAGGGAGGGCGACCUGCAUGCCGAGCGCUGCCUCUGCGCCAUGGACGGCGGCCAGCCCAGUCUGGAGCCCGCCGCCGCGGGGCCCGGCACCCCCGGCCCGAGCGUGAUCGCGCCCCUGCGCGCCGUGCUCCGCCUGCGGCGCCGCGUGUGCCUCCUGCGCACGCGGCGCCUCCUGCCGCCGGGCACGGGGCCGGCCUCCGGCGCUGGAACGCCCAGACCCGGCUGCAGCUCCAGGGCGCCGCACGCUGACCUGGGCCGGCCGCAGUUCUUCACCUUCGACGGCCCGGCGGAGCUGCAGCCCAGGACGCCGCGCAAGAGGCGCCGGCGCAGCCGUGUGGUGCUCUACCCCGAGACCUCGCGCAAGUGCCGGCCGCACGCCGAGCGCCGGAGCCGCGCGCAGCGCUGCCUGUUGCUGCUUGUGGCCAUUGUGGGCUUCCAGGUGCUCAACGCCAUCGAGAACCUGGACGAUAACGCGCAGCGCUACGACCUCGACGGGCUGGAGAAGGCGCUGCAGCGCGCCGUGUUCGGCCAGCCGGCUGCUGUGGGGCGCAUCGUGGCGCUGCUGCGGGACUACCUGGCCACGCACGUGCACAGCCGCGCGCUGCUUCUGGCGCUGCACGGGCCCAGCGGCGUGGGCAAGAGCCACGUGGGCCGCCUGCUGGCGCGCCACUUCCGCGCUGCGCUCGAGGGCGGCGCGCCCGUGGUGCAGUACCACGCACGCCACCACUGCCCCGAGCCACGCGCUGCGCAGGCCUGCCGGGAGGAGCUGGCGGCGCUCGUGGCCGACGUGGUGGCGCGGGCCGAGGCGGAGGAGAAGACCCCGCUGGUGGUGCUGGACGAGGCGGAGCUCCUGCCGCCGGCGCUGCUGGACGAGCUGCAUAGCCUCCUGCAGCCGCAGCGUGCCCACCGCUUCCACAACGCCAUUUAUGUGCUCCUCAGCAGUGCGGGCGGCUCGGAGAUUACGCGCUUCGUGCUGCAGAACGCAUCCCGCGCGCUGCCCCAGCCGCGCUCCGACGGCGCCCGCGAUGCCCACGGUGACCGGGCCGGGGCGGCCGCGGCGCAGGCCGAGGAGGAGCUGCGCGCCCGCCUGCGGGCGCUCCUGGUCCGCGAGCACCCGCUGUGGCAGGCGGCGGCCAUCGUGCCCUUCCUGCUGCUGGACAAGCAGGACGUGGUCAGCUGCUUCCGGGACGAGAUGGCCGGGGAGGGCUUCUUCCCAGAGCCAGCCCGCGCCGAGCUCCUGGCGGCGCAGCUCAGCUACUACCGCGUCGCUGGCCGUGAGUUCGCCGUCACUGGCUGCAAGCAGGUGGUGGCCAGGGUGAAUCUCUUGUAGCACAGGAGCAGCUGGACGUGAUGGACGCUAGUGGGCACCGCAGGACUUCUGGGGUUGUUGGUGGCGGUAGGAGGGAGGGGACCCUGGGGAUUUGCCUGAGGCCUCUAAUAAAUCCGUCUCUAGCCCCAUUGCCCUCCCCCACUCGUGGUUCACCCUGGGGCCGAGGGAGGCUGGUGGGGGUGGGUCAGUUCUGUGCCCCCCACUUCCAAUAACAAUUGCCCCGUUCCAGCCCCCGAUCUGCCACCUCCCAAUCCUUAGAUCAGCCCACAUUCCUGAGCACCUGCUGUGUGCACCUCAUUGCAGGCAUCCCAGGAGGCAGGCGGUCCAGCCUCCACGGUGCAGAGGAGGGAUGGCCUCAGAGAAAGUGCGUGGCUCCCAGGGUCACAUAGUUGGUCCCCUGCACUGGAUAUGACCUCAGCUCUGUGGGGCGCCUGCAGCAGCCAUCAGUCGCACUCACAUACACUCCUGUCCAGUCCAGCCCUUGCUCACCUGCCCACCCCCUGGGCCCCGAAGUCCUGGAUGCUCCUCCGGCCAGGAGAAUCCCAUGGACUCCCUGGAUUUCUCCUGGACUCCUGCCCCCAGUAGCUCCCUGGAAGGCAGGAUGGGUGGGAGUCUCCACACAACGAGUUGAUCCAGUGGAAUACCCUGAACGCUCUGGAAGGUGGGGAGCGCUCUCUCAGGGUGACAGGGGCGCUGACUUCUCGGACUCCCCUGCCCUGGUCACCAACUUGCUUCAGGACACCGAACGGGGGUAGGCCUCAAGGUAGAGAUCCCUUAGACUCAACUGCAGAGGUUCUCAGGUUUUCGGUCCCCCAAGACUUUUCGGGCGCUGUGGGCGCCUUUUGCACGUGGCUCCCGGAGGGCAGUGGUUGCGUCCAAGCGGACCCCACUUCUCGCAGCCCCGCUUCCCGCGAGCCCUGGGGUGGCCUCAGAGCUGCCGCUCGGUGGCCGCGCGUGGUCGCGGGGACACGUGCACAGACGCCGACGACGCUGACCGCAGCUAUUGCCAACGGGGACUCGGGGAGCAGAGGUGAAGCUCUAGUUGAGCCGGCGCGGGGCUGUGCGCGCCCCCCCGCCGCGGCAGAGCUCAGCACGCCCCCGGAGCCCCGCAGACCCGGCAGACUGAGGCUCCCGCGUGGGGGGAGCACCCCGCGCCAUCCCUUCUCGUCCUGGCGGUCGGCGGUGGCGGCCCUGGGCCGAGGUCUGCCGGAAGGAGAGGGAAGCCGAGGGAAGCCGCACGGGGCGGGGCGGGGC